AUGUCUAAACCUGCAAAACUAAAUCACUUGUUGGAAGUGUCUUUACCUUAUCUCCAAACUCUAGUUGGGAUUGAUGGCAACAGCUUGAAUCCUAUCUGGCUGCGCAAAUUCCCGAAUUUAAGGAAAUUGGAAGUGAGACGUUGUCUGCGAGGAAUCAUAGAGGAAUUAUCCCAUGCAGAGCCGAUAUCCGAGAAACUGGAGAACCUGAGGAUACUGUCAUCAAUUUUUGAGCUCAAUCAAACUAUAAGAAUGGAUCUAUCACGAUAUCAAAAACUUGUUAGGUUGCGCAUAGGUUGUGAGAUGAAGAAGCUGCCUAAUGCUGAUGAAUUUCCACCUUACCUCAUCAAGCUAACAAUUGCGUAUACAAAGCUUGAGGAGGAUCCAAUGGAAGUAUUGAAGAAAUUACCCAAGCUCAAAAUCCUGAAAUUUGGACCUGAAUCCUACAAAGGCACAAAGAUGGAUUGUUCAGGAUCACACAGUUUUCUUCAGCUCGAAAUGCUGCAAAUUCGACACUUGUGGGAAUUGGAGAAGGUUAUAGCAGAUGAAGAAGGAAUGCCAAAACUCAAACAAGUACUCAUCAGUCAAUGCCAUAGACUUGAAAUGAUUCCUGAAAAGCUAGAAAAUUUGCGGAAAUACAGCAAAUAG